AUGGCUGGUCCGCUUCAUACCUACGGGCCGAGUUGUCUAUUGACCGACGAUGACCCUGAUCUCUCCUCGUGGCAUUCCCAAUCCGAGCCACCGAAAGUUCGUAUACAGUUCUUCUAUACCUCGUCUCUUCCGAUCGAUGAUCCUCUAAGUGCGCUGCCUCCUCCGUCCGGCGGGCAAACUGCUGGGAAUGAACGCACCCCGCCCCAGCCAUUCUCGAUCAAGGACAACAUAAACCUCGAGGAAGCUUGGAAAGAUUUACGACUCGCGAAGGAGCGCAAAGAUGCCGAGUCAAAGAAGGAUUCGGGCAUUGCACGGGUCACCUCGAUAUCUGUACCUGGGAGAGAAUCAGUUGAAGAAAAGGAACAGGGUAGGCAAGCUGGCAGCCGUGAAGGCAUGAACCUGAUAGGAAAGGAUGAGAGCUCAUCAAGUAAUAUUGCUUCUUGGGGUGGAACACAGCUUCGAUCGUCACUUGGCGGUGGGUCUGGAGAUCACAGCGAGUCUAGUCUUCCGAUUCGUCGCAAAAGGGAGUUGUCUCUGAGCGACCAAUUCACAGCUGUCAAACGUGUCGCUGGGAAGUCAUCAGUGAGCGAGGACACAGCUAUUGGGGGGCUCGAAGCCGAAAGUCUACGUGCGAGGUCAUCGCGCGAUGCAAGUAUCAGUGGAUCUCCGUUUGCCAGAGCUCCUCCGGCUCAAUCACAGACCCCGCUGGGUCGCUCAAUCGAGUCUAUAUCUUCGAAGGCUGGAAGUCCAGAGGUGCAGGGUGAAUCUUCCCAUACUGCACCACACCAUACAGCCUUGAAAUCAUCAGGUCUCCGAAGCAGUGUUCAGGAAGAGAGUCCGUCUAAUGAACCUAUGAGCGAAGCUGGUGCAGUCAUCGAGGAUGAUCCUUCUCAAACGAGGAUUCCGGUCGGUGUUUCCCGACUUCAUCUGGUGGAACUACCAAACCUCAAGAUGAAACCGCUAUAUUGGAGUCCUCUUCAUGACGCAUCAAAUGUUCUGCGCGCUACGUGGUUCUACAAAAAUACAAUGCUACCGGUAGAAACAGAACUUGCUAACAGGCUCGAGGAUGGAUACCUUUAUCUCAAACCCUGGACGGAUACCUGGCAGGACGAACUCAACAGUUGCGUCGAUAAUGGAGCCGAUGCAGAAAUGAAAAUCGUACAUAGACUGUGGCCUAAGGACGAACCGAAAUCCUCCGCUACACCUACUACCUCUCGGCCUGCCUCUAGUCUUGUCGAGGGCAUUGAAGGGCGAGAAUCCGAUCCCUUAACUUUUGACGAGAAUCGCGCUGCUGGCGGGGUCACUGCACACGUCGAAGCCGUCAAGCCAUUCUUGAACUCCAGUGUCAUUUAUGUCGAUGGUAGGAAUGCUCAAAUCCUCAGGCCUAGCCUGCUUCCAUCUGUCUCAAGAGGAAGGAGACCCCUCAGUGCAAUCCGCAAGGGUCGACAGAUUGGAAUACCCGUCGUCCGUGGCUUCAGCCGUCGCUUGUGGGAGCGGCUAUAUCCGUCUAAGCCCAGCUCCGUAGAUGUAAGGAACUAUCUCCGUACUCAGACACGGGCGAUGUCCAGGACCGAUGGUAGACAAGUCUGUUAUGCUUGUGUCAUGGAGGAAUCACGCCCUACCCCUACUGAUCUCGUACUGGUCAUUCAUGGCAUAGGUCAAAAGCUGUCCGAGCGUAUGGAAAGCUUUCAUUUUACACAUGCAAUCAAUGCUUUUCGCAGAAGCGUCAACAUGGAGCUGAAUAGCGAGCCAGUGUGGCCCCAUGUCCGAGAGGGUCAUGGUGGAAUCAUGGUUCUUCCCGUGAAUUGGCGAUCGACACUGUCUCUUGACGAUGCAGCUCUUGAAUCUCAGACUUCCAAUGAUCCAGCUUCCAAUCACUACUCUCUAAAGGACAUUACGCCGGAGACUAUACCAGCCGUCAGGUCGUUGAUCAGCGAUGUUAUGCUUGACAUUCCUUACUACUUGUCUCAUCAUAAACCUAAGAUGAUACAAGCGGUGGUCAAAGAAGCGAAUCGAAUCUAUCGACUCUGGUGCCAGAACAACCCUGGGUUCCAGCAGGACGGUCGUGUCCACCUACUCGCACAUUCUCUAGGAAGUGCAAUGGCUAUAGAUAUUCUCAGUCAUCAGCCAACGAAGGUCUCGGAUUUUGACUUCUCGACUACGGGGAUCCAUAGCGAUAUCUUUGAGUUUGACACAAAGAAUCUGUUUCUUUGUGGAAGCCCUGUUGGGUUUUUCUUACUCCUGAACAAAGCGAACCUCUUGCCGCGCCGGGGCAGAGACAAACCCGGAUACGAAGGGGAAGACCGGCUGCGUGGUGUCGCUGGUGAAGCAGACACAUAUGGAUGCCUAGCCGUUGACAACCUCUAUAAUAUAAUGCAUACCACGGACCCAAUCGCAUAUCGUGUCAAUGCCGCAGUCGAUGCUGACUUGGCCAACUCGCUCAAGAUCGCAUCAAUCCCAGGCUCCAACGCAUCCUUCUGGUCAUCGUUCGGCAGCGUCUUUCGCUGGAGCUCGCCAUCUCAUUCUACACCAACUCGCCCUGCCGCGAUUGCCAAGCUCCCAUCUAAUGUAGAAAUGGAGACGCAUGACUUCACACGCGAGGAGAUAGCAGAAAAACGAAUGCUACUGCUCAAUGACAACGGCCAAAUAGACUACUUCAUUUCCGGUGGAGGGGGCCCCCUGAAUAUCCAGUACCUCAAUAUGCUGAGUGCGCACAGCAGCUACUGGAUCCUGACAGACUUUGUGCGCUUCAUCGUUAUAGAGGUCGCCCGUGAGCAAGGCCGGGAGGCGACCUUGCCUGCUCUCCGGGCCGAGAAGAAGAAGGGCUGGAAGAUACACAAGGGCUGA